GCUGUCAAAGCAAAACAAAGGGUGAAAGAGAGGCGAAAACUUGCAAUACUUUUAAGAAAAGAAAAGAAGCCUUAUUUUUGUUUUGAGGAAAAGUAAAAGUUCAUUAGACUUGGUCAACAUGGGCGCCUGUUUUUCCUGCUGCGGCCAGAGCGCCGAGGAGACAAAUCUGAUGCCCUCGCCUGAGGAGCGCCGGCAGCAGCAACUGGACGCAGCGGAGAAGCGUCGCCAGGAGAACGAGCAGCGAGGCAUCAAGAAUCCGGAUAGCGUGCGUCGCCAGCAACAGAGAGCAGAGGAGCUGCAACGGCGGGAAGAGGAAGCCGCCCGUCAGGGUCAGGGACAGGCCAACCUAAGGUGGCAAACGAGCUAAGAUCCAAGGAACUAAGCCAAGCAGCCUUAAACUCCUCCGUUUUUUGUACUUGACUCCAACCUGUUUCCGGCUCUUUUUGUACUUGUAACUUGUCUUUGUAACGGUCAUCCUUGAUGCACGGUCUCAGGAUUUUUUAGCCAGCGACCAAAAACGUUCAACCAAAAAUAAAAACACACCAAAUUGUUAUCAGUGAAUAAUGAUUCGUGACGGGAUUAGUCCAACUAAUUCCGAGAAUCUAAAAUCUACAUAUCUCGGUAUUCGUUAAUUACUUGUUGUCAUUCCCGUUAUUAAUUAAAAAUUCCUUUGUGCUGUACAUAGCAAUUACUUUGGAUAAUAAAGACCGUCUUUAAAUCUAAAAUUAAA